UUGAUGGACAAUGGUGCAGAAAACUUAACACGUCCAUUCUUCGGUAGUGAUGUUUACAUCAACAAGUCAGUACCAUACAAAUAUAAGGAGAUGUUUGUACAUUACCUGGAAGAGGUAAACCAUCCAAGGGGGUCGGUGAUCAAGGGGUUGGAAAUCAAGAGGAAGAAGCUUGAUUGGGCCACGAAUGGGAACACUACAGACUGCGGUAUCUUCUUGAUGAGGCACAUGGAGAAGUUCAAGGGGCUGCGUGAACCAUUUGAAGCUGGGUUUAGUACAAAUGGGAGCCGGAAAAUGAAGGAGGUGAGAAAGUUGCGGACGAAGUAUGCUACUCAUAUUCUGUUGUCGCCCUCUAACACUUUGAAAGGCAAGAUAGAAGCCGCCUCAUUUAUGGGGGGACGCUGAGUGUGGUAGUGUGGUCUUUUCUAUGGGCUUUGGGGAACAUCUAUGGUGGUUUUUGUAGUUAUCUUUGGUUCCACAACUUUUGUUUAUAACAAGCCAACUGGCUAGUGAUAUAUGCGUGGUGGUUUUUGUAACUAUCGUAGUCACCACGAAUUUUGUUUAUUUUAAAUUAUGGCCAUAACCCAGAUACAAUAUGACCAUUCUGAUCUUCUCUGUAAUAUGUUGUAACUAUCGUAGUCACCACGAAUUUUGUUUAUUUUAAACAGUUA